UUGACCAUCCGACCUCAAGUACCUGUCAACACAAUGCGCUUCUUGUGUAAAAGUAAUGAGUUUUCUGGAUGUUUUUCUCUCACUGAGCAUCGGUUUGACCAGGGGGAGACAUGCUCAUAAAAAUGACGGAACACUAAUCAUCUCCGCAGUGAGUUUCAGCAGUUUUAUGAAAGAAGUUUGUCCCUCAUUACAUGCAGCAGCCGGACUCCGGGAAUGACAUUGUGGCACAAUGUGUGGAUGUUCCAUCGAUGCCAUAAAGAAGCUGUCUCCCUCUCUGGGUUUCGCUCGGUGCUGCUCAUGUCAUGUUUGAUCUUGGUCCUGUCUGUGUCCAUGUAUCCUGGGUUGUGGUCCAUUGGAGUCCAGCUUCAUUCAGCUCUCACAGGGAGCUAUGCACCAGGCCACCACUCCCUUCUUCUCAUCAACAGCCCAAACGAAAUGGCAGCUAAAGACAUUGGCAGGGCGAUCAUGGAGAGGCGGCUUGCAGCUAGCAUUAACAUCCUCUCCAGGACCUCUACAAUGUAUUACUGGAAGGGUGAAAUCCAAGAUGCAAGUGAAGUUCUGAUGCUGGUGAAAACAAAGACCUCCAGGAUCCAGCAAGUCAUAGAUUUUGUAAGGUCUGUCCAUCCGUACGAUAACCCAGAAGUCCUCAGCCUCCUGGUGGAAGACGGAAGUCUGGCUUACAUGAAGUGGAUGGAUGAAGCCAUUCCAGACGACUGAUAGCUUUUUGAAAUCAAAGCAAACCUCAACAUGGACUGCAGCUGAACAUGGAAAAUUUGCCAUGUGUACCUGACUUUUCAUUGCAAAUUCCACUACUACUGUGGAGAUUUGUUUUCAGUCCUUUAAAGUCCUUUGUGCCACAGUCACAGAAAGAACUUACCUCUGUUUGACUGCAUCUUUAAGGUAACAUACAAGACACUGCCAACAAACAUAUUGCAAGAUGACCGGUCAGCUUUAGGUCAGUUUGUAAGGUAUAUUAAUCUGUUGACAAUAACAGUACCACUGCUUUGUGCUCAGGGAUUCUCAGUAUACUAACUGAUAAAAUACACUCCAAGUUGAUUUACAAAAAUAAUAAUGGUAUCAGUACAGGAAUCUAUAUCAUGCUUUUAAAUCUUCACUUGUUUGCCUUCACAUUGCUGAACCGACUAUACAGAUUCUGUCUACUAAAAGCAGCAAUCUUUGAAUAGUGCAUUUGAUGAACCAUCUCCUUCCCUCUAGUUUUAAUGUUAAUAUUUAUAUUCUAUUUAUUUGGUCUAGUUUUAAUUAGGUAUUCUUUUAAGAUUACACAUUUAUUUUACAUUCAACAGCCAUGGGGGAUGACCUUUAAUAUAAUAAUAGUAUUUCCUUGAUUGGGAGGCGGCACACAACUGUCUGCCUUGAGAAAUAGAAGUGUAGUGAAAUGUGUCAUAAAAGAGCAAUACUGCUGAAUUUCAGUACAACUCUGCUCCAGGUUAGCCCUGGCUGCAUCAAUAAAACAUUUACUACCACCUUGUACAACUUCUGUUAAAACUACACGGUACUACUGAGGAUACAUUAACAAACAGAUACUGUAUGAUUGACAACACUAUUGUACGUGUUGACCCUUUCUUUCAAUUGUUCUCAUAAUGAAUAUAGAAAAAGUUUUAUAUGUAACAUGAGUGACUGGUGCUGAUCAGAGCAGCCUGGCUAAAUAACUUAAAUUUAAUAAGAAAAACAAACAAUCAAUACUCUGACACACGUGAGCGUCGCAGGACUUGCCUGAACAUGUUCUUACUGCGGAAAUAAUAAAGGAUUAUUUUUGUUUUAUAUUAAUUUGUCAUCUGGAUUUUUGGUACAUGACCACAGAAAUGUAAUCCAAAAACAAAGAAAUGUAAUACAAUUACAAUAAAUCUGUUACACCAAGCCGUAUUUGCAGUUGCAGGUCAGCCAUGCAUGCUUACCUCAUUAUACAAAAGUACGCUUUAGUCCUCAGUCUGCAGAAAAACUGUUUCCGGCAUGAGGCCCCAACAAAGAAACUACAGACUGGGUUUAGUUGUGUGUUGUGUCUGUAGAGCCAGAAUAAUCCUCCCAAUCAGCUCCUGAGAUCAGGCCAUUUGAUGGUGUGUGUGAAUGUGUCGGUUUGUGUGUGAAUGGGUGUUUGUAACUGUACUUCAACGCAUGUGUAACUAUUCACAUCAAUGUAUGUGUACAAGCCAUGUCACAGGUUAUACAUACUUACAGGUACUUGUAUGCCUUUGUGAGUUGUGAUUGCUGACUUUAACAAAUGCCACUGUAAUAUGAAUGUUGCAUAAAGAUAAAAAGUAUACUGCAAUUUGUUUAGGUGUUCACUAGAUGGUGGUGUUUCAAUGACAUAAAAAACACUGUUACCCGA